CCCUCACAUAUGUUUACAAUUACCGAAUCUACCCUCCUCCGUUGUCUUCAACUCUAAGAAUCUCACUCAAUUCAGCAGAAGCAGUAGCAGAGCUGAGAGUUGAGCUUCGAUGGGUUCCGUUUCUUUGAAAAUUGGAGAUGGAACGGCAAGAUUCAAGAGGGCAACUCUUUGUUCUUCAGCUCUCAACAUUCUCAUGCUCAUUUCUGUGGUCACCACCAAUCUUUUCGCAUUGUAUGCCUUCACUUACUCUCCCAAAGAUCGCGAAAUCCAUACGCUUGAUCGAACACACAAAAACAUUUCAUUGAUAUCGGAGCAGGUUUCUUUAAUUCUUAGAGAGAUCGAUGUUUCUCAGAAGAAGCUUGCUCAGAUGGAGAAGGAAAUUCUUGGCUAUGAGAGCAUCGAUCUCUCCAGAUCUAAUGUUGCAAAUGAGCUCAAACUCUUUCUACAGCGUCAUCCUCUUCCUCUUGGUAAAGAUUCGAAAAGUGGAAUCACUGAAAUGGUUGCAUCUGUGGGGCAUUCAUGUGAGAAAUCUAUGGAUCUUUUGUCGCAGUAUAUGAAUUACAAGGUUUCUGGACCUUGUCCUGACGAUUGGAGCCUUGCUCAGAAGCUGAUUCUUCGUGGAUGCGAGCCAUUGCCUAGGCGGAGGUGUUUGGCUAAAUCUGUGCCGAAGGUAGGUUUACAACCUUUUCCUAUAUCUCUAUGGAAACCUGUUAGUGAUAAGAUUGUUAUGUGGAGUGGACUUGGAUGUAAGAAUUUCCAGUGUUUGAAUAGUAAGAAAUUAGGGAGAGAUUGUGUUGGUUGCUUCGAUUUGAUUAAUGGGUUUGAGAAUCAGAGAUUUGUUAAGGCUAGAGGGAAGAAUGAUUUUCCAAUUGAUGAUGUUUUAGCUUUAAGUAGUGGUGGAAUCAGGAUAGGUUUCGAUAUUGGUGGAGGGUCUGGAACUUUUGCUGCUAGAAUGGCUGAGAAAAAUGUUACUGUCAUAACCUCUACUCUGAAUAUUGAUGCUCCAUUCAGUGAAUUCAUUGCUGCAAGAGGAUUGUUUCCUCUCUUCUUGAGUUUAGAUCAUAGAUUCCCUUUCUAUGACAAUGUUUUUGAUUUGGUUCAUGCUUCAAAUGGAUUGGAUAUUGGUGGAAAGCCUGAAAAACUAGAGUUCCUUAUGUUCGAUAUCGAUCGGAUCUUAAGAGCAGGUGGAUUGCUGUGGCUGGAUAACUUCUAUUGUGCUAAUGAUGAGAAGAAAAAAGCUUUAACUCGCUUGAUUGAGCGAUUUGGAUUCAAAAAACUGAAGUGGGUCAUUGGAGAGAAAUCUGAAUCAGGCAAAUCAGAGGUUUAUCUGUCUGCUGUUUUACAGAAGCCUGUAAGAGUAUGAUGACGAUAGCUAAUCUUCAACAGAAAAGGAAAAAAAGGAAAUGAAUCAUUUGGAAUGGAAAUUGAUGACACUCUUACUGUUAGUCUUUUUUAAUCCAUUGUUAUUUAAGUUUGGAAUAUUAUGCUAGAUAUUGAUCAAUUUUAACAUGGCAUCAAACCAAACUUGCUUCGUAGAAAUUGAUUAGAAUAAACUUAGCUUUCUUUCCGAAUAAUCAUGGGUUGGUCUUGUGGUAAAAAAAAAAAGAAACAUAAUAUCAAUAACUAACUAAAAGGUCAUGGAUUUCAUAUGGAUUUUCGGGCGUGUCCUUUUAUCCUUAGUUACUUUUAUAUAUUUGGAAGAUUUUUAGUCUAUGAUU